AUGGUUUCACGAAAGAGCCAUCCUAAAAGCCGCAAUGGUUGUGCUAAUUGCAAGAAGAGGCGAAUUAAGUGUGACGAAAUAAGACCUCGAUGCUCCAACUGCGAGAAACACUCGAUAACCUGCGACUUCUCCUCACACGCGCCUAAGAGCUCUUCAACAUCUUCGCCGCAAGAACUUCGACACCGUAAUUCGGAUGCCAAAUCAGUACCGUCGGUGCAAGGCAGCUCGACCGACCAAUCUCCUGCACUGCUUCAGGCUCAGCAGUCUCUAUUCGAUGGUCCAAGAUCCCAUUUGCCGCCCCUACAGAUGGCGGAACUCGAGCUUUUACAUCACUUUACCACCGAAACCUGCUACACCCUUUCGGACCGGCCUGAAUCCCACGAACUAUGGAGGGUCACUGUUCCCCAGGUAGCUUUUCAACACGACUUCCUGAUGCGAGGUAUACUGGCCAUAUCUGCACUUCACCUUGGCUGUCUGAGACCGGACAGACAGACUGAUUGGGGUCAUGUAGCCGCCAAGCAGCAAGACGCUGCGCUAAGUUCUUUCCGGAAGAUCAUGACAAACAUGGACGAAUCGAACUGCGAUGCUUUCCUUGCACUCUCUUCACUGAUAGUGGUUUACGGCUUCGAGUCUCCCAAGGCUUCUCACAGCCUCGGCAUGUUCAGCUAUAAGGGUCAAGAUUCUGAUGAAUGGCUUCCACUUAUCCGUGGCGUCAACUCGAUUAUCAUGUCCGUUUGGCCCUGGAUCAAGAACGGUCGGCUAAGUGGCCUUCUUCAUGACCACAUCCAGGAGCCGCCUCAGACCGAGCUACCGAGUGUUCUGAGUGAGCAACUCACACACCUUGCGGACAUGUGCGAUCGCGCUUCCGGUGGACCCGAGGCGGUCAACGCCUACAAAGCCGCUCUUGAAACGCUCAGAGUCUCGUUUGUAAGGAUGAACAACAGGCCCCCUUACGAAUGUGAAGUUUCUAUAGCGUUCUUAUGGCCGGUCAUGAUACCGCAGGAGUAUAUAAUGAUGUUAAACGAGAAGAGGCCAGAGGCACUCGUCAUACUGGCUCACUACUGUGUCAUUCUCCACCAUCUUGAUGACUACUGGUGGAUGAGAGGAUGGGCAAUGCAUAUCAUCGAUAACAUCCACCGCGAACUCGACGAGAAUUGGCUCUACUUCGUCCAAUGGCCCACCAAUGUCAUCUCCGUCGACCAGAAGGUCCUCACGAACGGGACUUUGCAGAAUCCGAUUUCCGGAAAUCGUGUCAGCAACAACUUCAAUACAGCGAUAGAUUCGUCACUGAAUAUUCCGAAUGAAGAGGCCAAAGCCGGAAAUGACCGAUGA